GAAGCAAAGCGAUUGGUACUCGGAGCUGUGACACGUCAGAAAUCUGUUUAGGUUACACAAAUUGUGAUCUCAAAAUGCCGGUUGAUCCGGUCGCAAAUGCUCCAUCGACUAGUAUAAUCGCUUAUAAUGGAGAUUCUCCAAGAGGAUGGAACGAUCCACCGACCUUCGCUUUUUCUGGUCAAAAAGGCGGUGGUUCUCGCCCUAAACUUGAUUUGAGAAAAAGGGUUUCUCAUCAUCAAGCUUUACAUGGAACCAAUACACCUCCUAAUCCUCCUACUACUCCAGCUACUUCAUCUUAUGCCACUGGGAGUGAAGUUUCAGAUAGAAUGGCCAGUUUAAGCCUCCAUUCUUCUUCACCCAUGAAUCCGCGCAAUACUUCACCACAUCCGCAUAGUACUACCCCUCCUCUGAAUUCUAAAACCAGCCAUACUCCGCACACUACUGCCCCCGCAGUACCACUUUACACUCCACCAACUACAGAACCAUACCAUAACCACAACAGAACUCAUAGUCUUCCAUCAAACUUUAUGCCAAGUCCUUCUCCAGUGCCUCCAGGAAUUCCACACAUAUCGUCUAGUUCUUCUUUGAGUACUGGUAUAGUACCUGACGUAGUUAAAAGUCCUAGUCCUGUGCCAGUCUUAGGUACUCCAACGCAUUUGGGACAACCACUUUUUCACUUAAAAGAUCAUUCUUUUGAACCAGUGAAGACUCAUAAUGAGUCUGGUGUACGUUCAACAGCUGAUUUAGGUGACCAUCUUGAUGAUCAUAUGAAUGGGAAUCAUCCUCCUCAGAUAUUCCAACCAACACCAUAUAAUGCUGUCAAUGGACAACCAGCAUGUACAAACACGAUACCACCUGUCCAGACACAUAUGACGCCAUCUCCAGGAUUAAUCACUGCCUCUUCGACAUGCCCUCCAGUUGGUCAUGUAUCUCCUAUUCCAACAACUACUCCUAUUAUGUCAACGCAGCCAGGGAUUACAAAUGCAAUACCCUUUUCUGGUGGAUUGGGUCAUGGAAUGUCGUCCCACCCUCCUCCAUCAAUAACGCCGCCAGCUCAUUUCACAAAUACUCACCCACAUGUUGGUCAUAUCACACCACCACUGCCAGUAUCAAACACUCUGCCCCCAUUCCCUGUCGCCCACAGAACACCAACUCCAACACCUUCAACCCAGUCAAUUCUAGCAGCUCCUGCUUCAGGUUCCUUAAGCACUGGAAGUACUCCAAGGUGUCUGUCACCUGAAGAGAAUGGUGUUGAUGAUGGUGUAAAUGAGAUGGGUGAUGAAGAAGGUCUCAAAGCUACUAUGGAUGCCCUUAAUGAUGUUGUUCAGAAGUGCCAUCUUAAGAAACGAGAAAGUGAUAACAUAGCAAAAAGACUCAAGGUCAUGUCAGAUAUGUGGAUGGAAGGAAAACUUGGAAAGACUGUGAAAAAGAAAAUGAUAAAGUUAGCCAAAGCCCUUGACGAUGGAAGAGGUGAAGAUGCCCACCACAUUCACGUCACUAUCAUAGUGGACCAUGUCACAGAGGUAAACCAAUGGAUAGUUGCAGUCAAAAGACUCAUUGCUUUAGUCAGACAUCAAGGAGAAAGUAAAACAACUUCCUGACACUGUUCUACUCCAAGUUGUGUCCAAAAAGAUUAUUAUUCCAAUAUCUCCCAAGAUCAAAAUGUUUCUAAUGCUGGAAGGAACAAUGAUACAAGUUUAAAAAAUAAUAUUUAAAGUCUCAAAAAAUGGAAAAGCAGACAGAAGAUCACAACGAAAUACUCAAAGAAAUACCUUUGAAUUACAAAAGACAAUAACAUUCUUGUAGACUUUAAAAUUCUUCAAAGUUGAGACUGACACGUUCUCUUACAUGUUAGUUAAGAUACAAGCAAGCCUCAAAAGGGCAAUUUUAAAACUGCUUACUAGAUCUUAAACAUUGGAUUAUUUUUAGUUGAAUUGAAUAAACAAAAAUAUUCUAUGCUAUAAUAAAUAAAGGCUUAAAACAAGCUUAGAGCUUUUUACACUAUUUUCCUCCUAAGAUAUUCCAAUGUGAUUAAGUAAUUUCUUUAUCCUGGAAGCCAUGAGUGGAAAUAUUUUAAAAAAUAAUAUAAAUGAAAGUAGGCUUUGAGAUCAUGAAAUAACCAAUGCAGGAAUAAUUUAAAAUCCUAGUUUUAGUGGUCCACUUUCAAUAUUUUUAAUUCAAAAGUAAAUAUUGAGAAUUUCAAAGGUGAGACAAAAAGUCACACCAAAGAUUAAAGUCAUUUACCAGUAGCUUAAUUGUUAUUUCAGACAUUUUCAACCUCAGCAUAGAUCUACUAGCUGCUGUUUUCCAACUUCAGACCACUUGUCAUUCCCUUGAGUAUUAUAUUUCUUUAUGUAUCCGUAAUGCUUAAGAAGAACAGAUAAAUAUCAAAUAAAAAUCCCAAACAAAGAAUUUUAAUCUCAAGGGAAUGAUGUGGUCUAAAACAUUAAAACCUCUAUAUGGAUUGAUUCAAGGUGUAGUGGUAGUGCACUCACCUCUGGGGUCUUGGGUUUAAUUUCUGGACUUGGAAUCAAAGUUUGCACAGAGUUUGCUGGUUAUGGGAUUCUCUCUUCUUCAGACGGUAAUUUCCGGCCUCCACAAAUCAAAAAAACUGAGAUUCCAAUCAGCCCAGAGAUUGUUUUAGGGUUUGAUAAAAUUAAGGGGCAAGGGUGGGGAGUCAUGGUAAUGAACAAGUGACCUAUUAUUGCAUAAUCAUCCAUCAGCUCCUCUUCACAGAUGCGCUUUACUUCAGUAUGUUGCUUCAAGAUGUAAUUAUUUUUUUAGGUGAAUUACCAAAUUCAAAUAUUAAUUCAGUAAUGUAUUAGAUGCAAUAUUAGUGGUCCUGAGAACUUUCUGAAUUAAUUGAAUUGAAACAUUAUUACCCUGGGGUCCAGAGGUCAUUUAUUCUCACUUGGUGCUUGCCAUUACAACCACAGAUAGCAAAAUAGAAUUUCUGGAGCCCAGGGUAAUUGUUACAUUAUGUCAUCAAUAAAACAACCAUCAAAUAUAUGAAA